AUGGACGGAAACCUUGGAGUCUCCUUGGAUAAGCUUCCCGUUAAACGGCUCAAUGCCAUCGAAGAAAACGGCCUCGAACAUUACCCUCCCGAGUCGGGAUACGACGAAAAACGAGUCUCGCUAAUACGGAAAAUAGACUUCGCGUGGGCGGUGGAGGACAAUGAAGAAAGGGAGAGGAAGAAGAAGAUCUCCAAAGAUGCCUCCGCCACUUGGCAAUGGAAGAGCAUGAUGGAGAAUCUCCAAUUGGCUCAUCAAGAGCUUUCUGUCAUCAUCGACCUUAUCAACACUGUUGAAGCUAAUGAUGCCGUAACGGUGGCUGGCAUGACCAGGCCAAAACCAUUACCUAAUGAACUCCUGUCUGAUCUUGCUGUAUCUACUGCGACCAAGCUACAAUGUUACCGGCAUCUGGGAAAAUACUUCAAACAGUCUGCCACAGCUUUGGAACAACAGAUUGCUAGGGAAGCAAGAUUUUACGGUGCUCUUAUCAGAUUGCAGCAAAAUUGGAAAGUUAAACGACAACGAGUGGCAGCUCCAGGUUCUAGCAAUGAAGGCUUCACUAUUGAUCUUUUUGACAAUUCAUUAUACUGUUCAACAGCAAUAUCUCCACCGUCUUCUUUUUCUAGUAUUCACAUUGAACAUGAUUCAGAUGGAAUGUUGGCUAUCAACAUACCUCCAAAUUCAUGCCACUCUCUUCAUUUUGGUUUUCUUGGGGUACAUUCUGCUGAUGACCCAAAAGAAUUGAAUAAGAUCAGUACACAUGGCUCAGUUGAGAAGCACGAAAGAAGCACUGGGAAAGAAUCAAUGACUGAUGAGGAGUAUGUCAAAGAAACACAUUUGCUCCUUCGCGAAGUUCAUCAAUCAAUCUUCAACGAUCAGGUAUUUCAUAUGUUGAAUUGUGAAGCAUUCAACCAAUAUGUUGGAUUCAAUGUCUCUGGAAUACGAGAAAAUUAUCUACAAUUAAGCGUGGGUCAAGGAACCUCUUUAUUCAUAUCACUUGUGCCAUCUAGGGAAGGUGAUGGUCAGGCUGUUGACGUUGCCAAUACGCAGAAUGUAGAUUCUGCAAUUGUAUCCUUGGACUCAUAUGAUGAUGCGAACUUGGGAGAGGGAAAACAUGAUAUUCCUAAAGGGAAAAAGAAAUGGGAUUUCCCUAAUCGAAUCAGUUGUGAAAUUUAUCUGCAGCAAAUUGUUCAUGAACAUGCAUUUCUAAAAGUAAAGGAUGGACCAAAUUUAUCUGGUACUAGAGUAUCUGGUCAGUCAGGAAAGGAUGGAUCCGGUCUUCUGGGCCACUUCUGUCUGUCUUUGGGUCAUAGAAUCUUUUCUAACAGAGUUCUUAUGGAGCUGGAAAAUGUGGUUUGCAGGGUCCCAUAUCUCCAUUUAAUGACACAUCCAACUUGGCAUUCUCGGAGAUCAUCUUGGGCAAUCUUUAUGAAAGUUCCUCAGUCCAUUCUUCAUGCAGACUUCCAAUCCUGGAAAUUAGACUUUCAGAACUUCAAGGAUUAUGUAAAAUCACAGUUUGGUACCAAGGUGAUGCUGAAUGAUGACCGUAUCAAUGUUGAAGGUGAAGGUGCUCCUAAUGUUGUUAGCCUAUUCAAAAGCUCUGAGGACAUACGUUCUUUAUAUAAAUAUGACUGCAACCUGACUGAUCUUCCUGUUAUAAUACUGCAGCAGGUUGCAAGCCAAGUUAUUGGUUGGCUUCGCGAGGAAGCUCUUAUGGUGGGAGUGAAAACAAACCAAGAUUUUCUGAGCUUGACUUUUGAGCUAGAACAGAGGGAGACUGUUAGCCUGGUGGCUCAUGUGGACCCAGAAGACACUGAAGGCGGCAUCUCUUGGUGGUUAGUAAUGGAAGAUGGAUUUGCAGAGGAUGGGAAGCUUCAAACGAAAAUGUGCGAUGGUACCUCCGAGUAUAGAAAGUUUUUGGGUCAUUUAAACUUGGAUGUACUAUACUCAACAUUGAUGGGCUUGGUUAGCUUGCGUGAUGGAGGCGGAAACCACUCCUGCUAAAGUUUCAUAAACAUUCCAUGCAAUUCAACCAUGGAUUCUAGACCUUCAUCAUCCCUGUAUUUAAAUUAGUUGUUGCAUGAUCAUGCAAGUAAUUUCAGUUCGAGGUUACAGCUGCUUAGAGUUGAUUUUGAAGCUGUAGCUUCCUCAAAGAGAAACCCCAACCAGGACAAACAUUUACAUUUCCAGGUUAGGGUCAUUUCCAUUUUAAGUAUCAGAACAAAAGAAAAUUUCAUUUCAUUUUCAAACAAAAGAACUGCGUGCCCUCAGGCUUAAGCAAACCUUCUUUUCUUUCUGGAAAGUUCUUGACUUGAACAUUUCUGUUAUUU